AUGUUCGAUGAUUUCGAUAAUCUCGAUAUAUCCGCUGAAGACGAGCCAUCAUUGAAUUCGAAAUCGGAGUCAAACAGAACCUUCAUCAAAUGGUGUAAACUACCAACCGACGUUCAGCAAUGCGUUAUUUCUCACAUGGAUUUUUUGACACGAUAUUCUUUGUCGAAGUGCUCAAAGAAAAUGCAAGAAAUUGAAAAGGAGCCGCCUAUCAAAAUUGAUGGAAUUGAAAUCAAUAACUCGGAAAAGUUUUAUUGCUAUGAUUGUGAUAAUAAUGACAAGGCGGAUUGGGAUAUUGAAACUUCUGAAAUCAAGAAAAUCAGUUGCAAGUCGUUCCGAUACGCAUUUGCGAAUCAUCAGCAGCUCUUAUAUGUGCUGAACAUGCUCACCGAGCAAGUCGAUCAAUUAGAAUUGCUGGAUUCUGAAAAAAAUGAGGAUUUGUCUUAUAAUACUAGCUUGCCUCCAGAGAUUUUGAGCCAUCCUCAGAUUCAAAACGCCAAGCGAUUCUAUUUUUGGGCAAAUUGCAGUUUCACAGAAGAGAUCUUUUUGAAUUUAAAAGCUGCUCACAUGACAUUUUCUUCUUCAACGAUAACUGAUGAAAUGAUUAAUAAGUUCAUCAAGAGAUGGAUGAAUGGCGACGAUCCGAAGGAAUUCGUCAAAUUGAGCAUUUGGUAUCAAAAUUCCUUUAAUAAAGAUGAGAUUCUCAAAGGAAUUUUUCACAAAAAUUGGGAUGACGAGUUUAAAAAAGAAGCUGGUGGAUUUUGUAGAGACUUUGACCGCGUCAUGGGCGGCGGCGAUACUGCUCAAAUAAUGCGCAAUAAUGGAAAGCAGUCAGCGACCCUAAGAAUUUCUAAUGAGAAUCUUCUCUUCAUGGUCACUGGAAACUACUGGGAACAGUUCAAGUUGUUCAGCUACGGUAUUCCAUAA